AGGUCAAUAAUGUUGGGUUACAGAAUCCCUCAACGAGGCUACUCCCUGCAUAUAAAUACGCCCUCAUUCAUUCCGAUUUCAUCGAGGCACAUCACUCACUCACAACACACACACAGUUACCUGCUUCAGAUUCCAACGAUAUCUGGUUACUUGUAGUGAUGGCUCCAGCUGCAGUAGUGGAUGGUUCUGACAAAAUUAAACCUAGAGAUGUAUGUAUCGUUGGUGUUGCACGCACACCCCUUGGUGGAUUUCUUGGUUCUCUUUCGUCUUUGCCAGCGACCAAACUCGGAUCCAUCGCAAUUGAAUGUGCUCUAAAGAGGGCAAAUGUCGAUCCAUCACUUGUGGAAGAAGUUUAUUUUGGAAAUGUCCUCGGUGCCAAUUUGGGACAGGGUCCCGCCAGACAAGCAGCGUUAGGUGCAGGAAUCCCUAAUACAGUGGUCUCGACAUCUGUUAACAAAGUUUGUGCAUCAGGGAUGAAAGCAACCAUGCUAGCGGCACAGAGUAUUCAAUUGGGCCAAAAUGAUAUCGUUGUGGCUGGUGGUAUGGAAAGCAUGUCUAAUGUCCCCAAAUAUGUUGCAGAAGCAAGGAAGGGGUCUAAAUUUGGACAUGAUACUCUUGUUGACGGAAUCCUAAAAGACGGAUUAUGGGAUGUUUUCAACGAUUACAAGAUGGGAAAUUGUGCUGAAAUAUGCGCAGAUACACAUGGAUUUACAAGAGAACAACAGGAUGACUAUGCCAUUCAGAGCUUCGAACGUGGUAUUGCCGCCCGAGAUAGCGGUGCAUUUGCAUGGGAAAUUGCUCCCGUUGAAGUUCCUGGCCCAAGAGGAAAACCAUCAACAAUUGUUGACAAAGAUGAUGACUUGGCAAAGUUUGAUGCUGCGAAGUUGAGAAAACUCCGUCCAGCUUUUAAGGAGAAUGGUGGCAGUGUUACUGCUGGCAAUUCCUCUGGUAUAAAUGAUGGUGCUGCUGCACUUGUUUUGGUUAGCGGGGAGAUGGCUCUUAAGCUCGGGUUGAACGUGAUUGCAAAGGUUUCCGGAUACGCUGAUGCUGAACAGGCACCUGAGUUAUUUACGACUACGCCAGCCCUGGCCAUACCUAAGGCUAUAUCUAGAGCUGGAUUGGAUGCUUCUCAAAUUGAUUUUUAUGAAAUUAACGAAGCAUUUGCUGUUGUGGCUCUUGCAAACCAGAAACUUCUUGGCUUGGAUUCAGCGAAGCUUAAUGUACAUGGUGGCGGUGUGUCAUUGGGACAUCCUCUUGGUUGCAGUGGUGCACGUAUCUUGGUCACUCUUUUGGGUGUUUUGAAGCAGAAAGGUGGCAAAUACGGAGCUGCUGGUGUGUGCAACGGUGGAGGUGGUGCAUCGGCGUUUGUGGUGGAACUUGUUUAAUUUAUCGUCUUCAGUGUAUUUUUUUCCUCUGUUAUCGCCAUCAAUAAACAGAUUUAUUUAGUAUUAAUUCGAUCCUUAUGCCUUUUAUCAUGCUAGGCAUGUCGCAUCAA